AUGAAACACGAUUUUAUUAAGGAAAGGGAUUUCAAAAUAAUAGAGAAAAUUGGGGAAGGUGCCUUUGGUUAAGUAUAUAAGGGAUUGUAUAAAGGAGAAGAAGUUGCAAUAAAAGUAAAAAAUUGUGAAAUGCAUAGUCUAUGUAAGGUGCAUAAUUAUAGGAAACAUCAAUAAUGGAGAAUCUUAAACACAAAAACAUUAUUAAAUUUUAUAAGGUAGAAUUUGUUUUGAUUUUAUAUAGUAUUUUAAAUAGGGAAACAAUCAAUACUUAGUAAUGGAAUAUGCUGGAGGUGGUUCUUUGAGUGAUUACAUGAAAUAAAAUUUAGAUGAAGAAACAAUAAGCAAAAUAAUGAAAUCUAUAUUUGCAGCUAUAGAGUAUCUUCAUUCUCAAUAGAUUAUUCAUAGAGAUAUUAAACCAGGUAAUAUUUUGAAUACUAAACAUAAUUAGAUAAUAUCUUAAUAUAAAAUAGUGAAGAUCUUUCAAGUGUUAAGAUUGCUGACUUUGGUUUAAGUUAUUAGUAUAUGCCAGAAAUUCGAUAUUAUUAAACAGUUUCGUAAUAAUGUGGCACAUUUAUAUUUAUGGCACCUGAAUAAAUAUUAAAUAAAGCAUACAAUAAAGCAGUUGAUAUGUGGUCAUGUGGUGUUGUCUUAUAUAUGUUAUUAAAUCAAGGCAAACAUCCAUUUUAUCCUCGAAUUUCUACCAAAAAAGAAUUCAUCAAUAGUUUUCCAGAUCUAAAAUAUGAAUAACCUUUACAUGCAUCAUUAUUGGCAAGAGAUCUUCUAUAAAGAUUAUUAUAAUAUGAUAAGGAUUCUCGAUAUACAGCAGCAUAAGCAUUAGUACAUCCAUGGAUCACUCGAAAUUUUAGUCAAUCAAUUCCAAUGAGUGUAAAAGAAUUUGGCAUUUGUUAAGAAUAAAAAAAGAAAGUAUAAAUUUUUAUUAUUAUUAGUUUUUUCAAUUCUUAAAAGCUAUAUUAUUUUUAAAUCAAAUUUAAUAGGAUUCAAUAAAGUAAUCUCCUAUUCAAUCUAAAACUGAUUUAGGAGAUUUUAAAAUAUCAAUAGUUGAGUUUGAUGAAGACAACUAUGAAUAAGAAUAUUAAGAUACAAAUAGUCCUAAAAAUUAGUUAUUCUUAAAUAAGUUAUCUAUUCAAAGACCAAAUAAAAUAUUAAAAUCUUAUCGCACUCUCAAUAAUAUCCCUUAUAAAAGUAAACAUUAUCAAUUAAAUUCAAUUCUUAAUUAAACAAAUGAGUCACCUAUAAGAGAUUUAAAAAAACUUAAAUUUUAACAGUAAUUUAGCAUUGAUAAUGAAUAAAUGAUAAUUCCAAUAGAUCCAGAGUCUCCUAAAAAAUAUCUAAGAGGUACCUAAUCAAACAAAUUCCUUUUACCUGCAUUAACAGAAUCAACAUAAAUUUCUCUCAGUCCUAUAAAACAAAAAUAAAAACCACAUAUUAAAUAAAACUCUUUUAGAAAAUCAGAAACUUCUUUUUUUAUGGGUUUGAAUAGAUUGAAUAAUGAUUCUGCUUUAGAGACAGGAACAUUUAGAAAUAGAGUUGAAACUUAUGACAGAACUUAAAUACCUGUUAUAAACACUUAAAGGUUUUAUGGAAGAAAUACAUUUACAAAUUUAGUGACAUCUCCAAAGAAUAGCAUUGCUUCAUCAACCAAUCUUCUUAUUCCAAAGAAAAUAAUAUGA